UAAGUCUGUGCACAAGUUUCCGUAGCGCCACCUUGUUCAGGUUUGAUCCACGUUCUUUUCAGAACGGUUGAAACGUUGCGUUCGUGUUGAGAAAACGUGACCACAGAGAACAUCGUGUGGCGGUCGCGAUUAGAAGAGCGAGUGUUAUGCAUGAUAUUGCAUAUUGACGUACAUUAAGGUUGUCGCGCGACGGCAUGCAGUUAUCGAAGUAAAUAGGCCGCAAUUACACGGGUACGGGAUUUUUCACGGUAACAUAGGUAUCCGGGUGCCGGUACAUAUCAAUAUACGCGAGCUCGAAGGAUUGGUUAUUGAAAAAAUGGCGGCGGAAAAUCUAAACAAGAACCGAAUGAUGGUUUUUAAGAACAAAGGCAAAGAUCAAGAAGAAAUGAGAAGAAGAAGAAAUGAAGUGACGGUGGAAUUACGUAAAAAUAAACGUGAUGAAACUAUACAAAAACGAAGAAAUGUGCCUGUUACAAAUCUUAUAGAUGAAGAUAAUUUGACGAAAAUUGAGUUGGAAGAGCUAGUUAGGAAUGCUGCUAGUUCAGAUCCAACUGUUCAGUUAGAAGCUGUACAAUCUGCAAGAAGGUUAUUAUCUUCAGAUCGUAAUCCACCAAUUGAUCCAUUAAUUGAUAGUGGUAUUUUACCAAUCUUAGUUCAUUGUCUUCAACAGCACAAUAGUCCAUCUUUGCAAUUUGAAGCAGCAUGGGCACUAACAAACAUUGCAAGUGGAACAUCACCUCAAACACAAGAAGUUGUAAAAGCUGGUGCUGUUCCACAUUUCCUGAAUUUGUUACUAUCAAGUCAACAGAAUGUUUGUGAACAAGCCGUAUGGGCUUUAGGAAAUAUUAUUGGAGAUGGUCCAGCGUCUAGGGAUUAUGUUAUUACUCUUGGCGUUGUAAAACCAUUGUUAACAUUUAUUAAACCGGAUAUACCUAUUAGUUUUUUACGUAAUGUAACAUGGGUAAUCGUGAAUUUAUGUAGGAGCAAAGAACCUCCACCACCUGUUCAAACAAUUAAGGAUAUUUUGCCUGCACUUAAUGUACUCAUACACCAUUCAGAUAUUAAUAUCCUUGUCGAUACAGUUUGGGCAUUGAGUUACCUCACUGAUAGUGGUAAUGAACAAAUUCAAAUGGUUAUAGACAGUGGUGUUGUACCACGUCUUAUACCACUUCUCUCGCACAAAGAAGUUAAGGUACAAACGGCUGCUUUGAGAGCGGUUGGUAAUAUAGUAACGGGUACAGAUGAACAAACGCAGACUGUAUUAAAUUGUGAUGCGCUUUCGCACUUCCCUAAUCUAUUGACUCAUCCAAAAGAAAAAAUCUGUAAAGAAGCAGUCUGGUUCCUUUCUAAUGUAACGGCAGGUAAUCAAACACAAGUACAGGCUGUUAUGAAUGCUGGGUUAUUACCACUUAUUAUUCGUAAUUUAUCGAAGGGUGAUUUCCAAACAAAAAAAGAAGCAGCAUGGGCAAUCAGUAAUUUGACGAUAAGUGGCAACAGAGAUCAAGUUGUGCAGCUUAUACGAGAAGGCGUCAUUGAACCCUUCUGUGACCUCCUUUCCUGUAAAGAUACUCAAGUUGUACAUGUUGUUUUAGACGGUAUACAUAAUAUGCUCAAAUUUGCCGGACCAGAAGUUGAGUACUUGGCUAACAUGAUCGAAGAAUGUUCAGGUUUGGAUAAAAUCGAAGCUCUUCAAAAUCACGAUAAUGUAGAAAUUUAUAAAUUAGCAUUUGAUAUCAUCGAGCAAUACUUUUCUGAAGAGGCAGAUGACACGAACUUGGGGCCGCAGGUCGGAGAAGGUACAUUCGAAUUUGAUCAGACGUCGACUAUUCCAAGCGAGGGUUUUAAAUUCUGAGAAGGCCUCCAUUAUUUCUCAUCCGAUCGUGCCGUCCCCCGACAAACUCCAUUACGGAGUCAUUCUGCUUACCCUUUCCUAUUCUUAUGUCUUAUUCUUGCUCCAAUGACAACACGUGGUGUUAUCAAUACGCCACCGCUGAACCAAGAAUCAUGUUUUUUUUUGCUAAUCCAAAGGUAUGACAGUGACUAUUCACCCGAUAAAAGGGGAUAUCAAA